AUGGAGAGAUCUACUCGGGCCGUUAUCCGAAACGCUUUAGCUGCUAAUGAGUGGGGAAAUGAGGAAAGAGAGGGCAAAAUGCCAUUCGAGAAAGGAGUCGGCUUUGAUUUGGCCAUCAAAAACGAAGCUUAUGCAUUCCAGAUCUUUGUUAAUGGAGAACGUUUCGCAUCGUUCGCUCAUCGUUGCGACCCCAACGACAUCAGCGGCCUGCAGAUUCAAGGCGAUAUUGAACUGACCGGCAUUCAGAUCCAGUAG